GUGCUGCCAGCUCAGAUACACAGGCAGUUGGAUCAGCUUCAAGUGCUUGCGCAAGAUGCCGUGAACCUUCGAGAGACCAUCAAGGCCUUCGAGCAGAACCCAAAGGAUGAAGAGUUUAUCUCGGUCCUGAAACCCUGGUCCAAGCUCAAGAAG